GCGCCGGAAGUGGCCGGUGAUUUUGCUGGGAGUUAGUUUUUUCGCAGGGCGGAAAAGGUAUGUCUGCAAGUGCCCCCGCUGUUUCCAGUCCCCUUUCCCUGCAGGACCCAAUGAGUAAGCUGUGGCGGCGCGGAAGCACCUCUGGGGCUAUGGAGGCCCCCGAGCCAGGGGAAGCGCUGGAGUUGAGCCUGGCUGGUGCCCAUGGCCACGGAGCACACAAGAAAAAGCACAAAAAGCACAAGAAGAAACACAAGAAGAAACACCACCAGGAAGAGGAGUCCGGGCCUACGCAACCGUCUCCUGCCAAACCCCAGCUCAAACUCAAAAUCAAGCUGGGAGGACAGGUUCUGGGCACUAAGAGCGUUCCUACAUUCACUGUGAUCCCCGAGGGCCCUCGCUCACCCUCUCCCCUUAUGGUUGUGGAUAAUGAAGAGGAACCUAUGGAAGGAGUCCCUCUUGAGCAGUACCGUGCCUGGCUGGAUGAAGACAGUAACCUGUCUCCCUCACCACUUCAGGACCUGUCAGGGGGGUUAGGCGGUCAAGAGGAAGAAGAAGAACAGAGGUGGCUAGAUGCCCUGGAGAAGGGGGAGCUGGAUGACAAUGGAGAUCUCAAGAAAGAGAUCAAUGAGCGACUCCUCACUGCUCGACAGAGAGCUCUGCUCCAGAAGGCCCGGAGUCAGCCUUCUCCGAUGCUGCAGCUGCCUGUGUCUGGGGGCUGCCCGGCUCCCGCCCUCACCGAGGAGAUGUUGCUGAAACGCGAGGAGCGGGCGCGGAAGCGGCGGCUGCAGGCGGCACGGCGGGCGGAGGAGCACAAGAACCAGACUAUCGAACGCCUCACUAAAACUGCGGCGCCCAGUGGGCGGGGAGGCCGGGGGGCCGCGCGGGGCGAGCGGCGGGGAGGGCGAGCUGCGGCCCCGGCCCCGUCCCCCAUGGUGCGCUACAGCAGCGGGGCACAGGGCUCCACCCUUUCCUUCCCACCUGGGGUUCCGGCUCCGGCGGCUGUGUCUCAGCGGCCGUCCCCAUCAGGGCCUCCUCCGCGCUGCUCAGUACCUGGCUGCCCCCACCCGCGCCGGUAUGCGUGCUCCCGCACUGGCCAGGCGCUCUGCAGCCUUCAGUGCUACCGCAUCAAUCUGCAGAUGCGGCUGGGAGGCCCCGAGGGCCCCUUAUCCCCCCUUUUAGCUACUUAAGGCCCUUGCCUCCUCCGGACUCUGCCCUCUUCCAUGCCCGUUUUCAGUCUUUCCCAUCCUAUUAAAUUUCAUCUUGUGCCUCGA